AGUCCCCUCUUGGCUCCAACCAAGUUUGCUUGCUGUCUUUCUCUAUUGUAAGUUUGUAACAUUCUCAAGUCCAGAUCUUACAGACUGGGUUCGGUUAUUAAAUCAAUUACUCGACAAUUGGGAUUUGGUAGUUUCUGUGAUCUGAAUCUGAUUGAGGUUCGUCUUUCUAUCUGUGCUCUCUACGAGCUUCCAUUCAUCAUCGCUGACUAGAAGUUUGAGCUUAUGUUUUCUAUAAUCGUUUCCUCAAUAAAUCUUGUUCUAUGAUAUGUGCUUGAAUUUUUGGUAGCUGCAUGCACAUAUUCAGCGGUAGUGGAUGUAAUGAAGCAAAAUUUUAUAUAGAAAUUUCGGGGGAGGGGAAAGGAAAGAAGUAACUGGAAGUUCGUGUUUUUCUGAUAUUCUAAAUAAAGUAAUUGAAUUUUGUCUGCCGGAAUCAUGAAGAUUCUGUUUUCUGCUAUUGCUCUUUGGUCUGUUUGUGUUCUAUUGGUCAUUGGAGUUACGGAUUCAUAUCCCCCUGAGGCCGACUUUCGGUUUGAAAGGAGUUCUCAUCCAACAUAUAAUUAUGACCGGAUUGAUGAAGUUCGGAGGCAAUGUGCCCCAGUCUUAUCUUCUGCCUCUGAAUUGAGAUCUGGAUAUGAUGUGGUUGAUGGUAUGAAACAAGAUCUUUCCUUUGUCAAUGGCGAUUGGAGCCAAGAUGGGGGUAAGUUUCCCAUAAUGCCAUUUGAUGCGGGGAAAUUUUCUGGGACCUUGCCAUCUGAAGACCGGACUCCAUUGAAGUUAGUCUCUUUUUGGGUAACAGACAUUGAUCAUACGCAUAGAAUGAAAAAGUCAAUUCCUGUCAAUGGAUUCUUGAUAAUGGGCAUUACUAGAGAUGGUUCUUUUGUGGAUAAUGCCUAUGGUGGAAAUGCUGAUUUCCAGCUAUGGCCUGGCCAUUCUCAGCUUUCAAUUCCCUUUCAAGGGUUUUACACUGAGUCGAAGAAAAAUGGUGGGGAGAGGGUGUUAUGUUUAUUAGGGGACACAAUGCUUCCAACUCGAGAGACUGAUCCUGCCAAUCCAUGGGGAUGGAUGAAGACUUCUGGUAAAAAUAAUGAUGAAAUGCCUCUGUCAGAAGAUGAUCAAAUCAUCUUAGUUCUUCACUACCCCAUGACAUUCACAUUAACUAACAGGGUUAUCAGCGGAGAGUUGAGAAGUUUAAAUCGUGAAUCAAAUACUAAAUACUUUGAUGUGGUUCACAUAACAUCACAAUUGGGCAGGUCAGCAAAGUAUUCAUUUGGCUCAAAAGAUAUUGUAUCUAAAGCAUGUAAUCCAUACCCAUACAAGGAUAACCUGACAACUGAUGGCAUCAGUGUCUAUAAAGGCUUAAGAUUUUGUCAAAUUCUUGAAGAAAUCACCAGGGGCCAACCGUUAUCUGUUGUGCCAAACUGGAGAUGCAAUGGGACAGAUAAUUUCUGCAGUAAAUUAGGCCCCUUUUUGUCAGAUAAGGGAAUCAAAUCAACAGAUGGAAGCUUUAAAGAUGUUAAAAUUUACAUGCAGAAUGUUAUCUGUGAGCAAGCAACUACUCGUGGCAAUGCUGGUUCUGCUAGGGUAUUUACAAAUUUUAGAGCUGUUUCUCCAUCGGAAAAUCAGUACACUGCAGCAAAAAGAUCUGGCCCUAGCAACAUGUCUCUUGCUGCUGAAGGGUUUUGGAAAUCUUCUAGUGGGCAGCUCUGCAUGGUUGGUUGUAUUGGGUCCAUCAGUGCCAAAGGAAGUAGUUGUAAUUCUCGGAUCUGUUUGUACAUACCUACCUCAUUUUCCAUCAAGCAACGUAGUAUUCUUCUUGGAAGUUUGUCUUCAAUUGAUAAUAGUAAUGCCUUCUUUCCCCUGUCAUUGGAGCAGCUAGUUCAACCUACAGAGCUCUGGAAUUAUUUCAGGUUCUCCCAUCCUUAUUACAGAUAUUCAAAAAUUAAUUUGGCUGGCACUAUACUAGAAAAACAUGAGCCCUUCAGUUUUCGAACUGUCAUAAAAAAAUCAUUACUAAGAUUCCCUAAACUUGAAGAUAAUGAGGCAUAUGAGGAUAGCCUGUCUCUUCUCUCAGAAGAUCUCACUUUUCAUAUAUCAGGUUUUCCUGAUCCUGCACCAAAUAUCCUGGCUCCAAAAGUUAACGUUCAGAUGGAGAUUAUAUCUGUUGGUCCCUUGUUUGGGCGCUAUUGGUAUCAAAAUAGUUCAACAUUGGAACCAGAAACUGAAUAUCAUGUUGAGGAUACAUAUACAGAAAAGCAGCUUCUUCUGAAUGUAUCUGCACAACUCAGUCUUACUGGAAAAGCUUAUAAUAAUUUCACUGUACUUUUUCUGGAGGGUAUUUAUGACCAACGUGUUGGGAAGAUGUAUCUGCUUGGUUGCAGAGAUGUUCGAGCAUCAUGGAAAGUCUUGUAUGAGAGCUAUGAUCUCGAAGAUGGACUGGACUGUUCAAUUGAGGUGGUUGUGGAAUAUCCUCCCACUACAGCUUGGUGGCAAGUCGAUCCCACAGUUAAAAUUUCCAUUGAAAGUCAAAGGACUGAUGAUGACCCUCUUCAUUUUGGUGCAAUAAAGCUUCAAACUUUCCCAAUCAUGUACAGGAAGCAGCGGGAGGAUAUCCUUUCACGCAGAGGUCUUGAAGGCAUUCUCCGCAUCUUGACACUGUCAUUGGCAAUUGGUUUCAUUUCAAGCCAACUGUUCUAUAUCAAAGACAGUGUGGAUUCCCUUCCAUAUAUUUCUCUUGUUAUGCUGGGUGUGCAAGCUCUUGGGUAUAGUAUUCCUCUAAUCACAGAUGCAGAAGCUCUCUUCAAGAAGAAGGCCUCUGAUUCUUAUGGGGUGUCAUCUAGUGGUCUCGAGAACAGCAUGUGGCUCCAUGUGAUUGAUUACACUGUCAAACUGUCAUUGAUUAUAGCUUUGCUACUAACUCUACGUCUUUUUCAGAAGGUGUGGAAAUCUCGCCUAAGAUUGCUGAGUCGUGGGUCACAUGAACCAUUUCGUGUCCCCAUUGAUAAAUGGGUGUUUAUUUGCACCUUCACCAUUCAUCUGAUUGGAUAUAUUCUUGUUCUCAUAAUUCAUGGUGCAAAGACAACUCAAAAGCCUCUUGUAGCAAAGACAUACUCAAUUGAUGGAGAUAAUUCUCUGGCGCUAUCUGGUUGGGCAAUAGAAUUGGAGGAAUACAUGGGUCUGGUCCAAGACUUUUUCUUGCUCCCUCAAAUUUUUGGGAACUUUAUCUGGCAGAUCAACCGCCAACCACUGCGAAAACUAUAUUUUAUCGGAAUCACUGUGGUCAGACUACUUCCUCAUGUUUAUGAUUACAUACGAUCUCCAGCUCCAAACCUUUACAUGUCUGAGGAUUCUGAAUUUGUCAACCCAAAUUUUGACUUUUAUUCAAAAUUUGUGGACGUUGCCAUUCCUCUGACUGCAAUUGUCCUGGCCAUUAUAGUUUAUAUUCAGCAGAGAUUGGGCUAUGACAAGCUGAGCAAGACUCUGACAUUUGGGCGGCAUAAACUUCUCCCUAGUUUCAGAUACGAGAGAUUGCCAUCGAAGUCUCCUGAAGCCGAGCUUGUUCCUGGUGUCAAUGGUAGUGCUGCAAGAGACAAUGAGCACGAUGAGGUAGAAUGAUGUAGAAAUUACUGACAGAAGUUGUCGAAAACAUACUUCAGAGGUAAGUACCAGUUUUGGUGGUUGUAUCGUUGUAUAUGAGAAGCUGGAUGGCUUUUGUACUCAAUAACUGAUAGGAUUGUGGUCUUGUGUUCUGAAGAUACUGACUAUUUGUUCAGUCUGCCUUUGUUCUUCACUGAGGUGCUCUCUCCUUGAGUAUUUUACGAGACUGAGAUCAAAGGCAUGUGGGGGUUCGGAUACGUGAAA